AAGCCUUACAGUGUAGGUUAUUAAGCCUCGUGAUAUUAUUGUUGUUUUCACACAGGACUAAUGGAGAAUACUGUUAAAAGUAAGAAAAGGGGGAAGAAAUCGCAUUCCCCUGUUAUUGAUAGCAAUUCUAGUGAUGAUAAAUCUAAAGUUAAGAAAUCGAAGAAGAAACAGAAAAUUAGUUCAAAUUUUAUCGAUGAAAACCAGGAACCGUCAAAAACAGAUUUGGUGCCAAUGAAGAAGUUUAAGAAACUGAAAGAAGUACCACAGGAAGUAGAUACUGAAAUAACCACUAAGCCAGAAAAAACUAAGAAGAAGAAGAAGGGAAAAAAAUCUAAUAAUAUUGAUUCAGAGGAUGUUACUGACUUCAAUAAUUCUGUUGCAUUAAAAUCAAAGAGUGAUGAAAUGGAUGUUGAUUCUUCAUCAAAUGAUGAGUCAGAUAUAUCUGAUGGUGAAUCCGCGAAUAGUGUAUCCUCAUUCAAUAUUGACAGUUACCCAUCAGAUGAUGAUGAUGAUGAAGAUGAUAACCCAUCCUCAGAUGAAGAAGAAGCGAACAAAAAACGUGGUCUUCCUAUUAGUGCAGUACCUUCAGCUGAAUUGGAAGAAAGGGAAAAUCGAACAAUAUUCAUUGGUAAUCUUCCAAAAACAGUUGAAAGACAUGAACUGCGGAAGUGGUUUUCUAGAUUUGGAAAAGUUGAAUGUGUUAGAUUGAGAAGUGCUCCCCUUGCUGAUCUUGAAAUGCCCAAAAAAGUUGCUGUAAUCAAGAAAUCUUUUCACGAAAAUCGAUCAAAUAUUCAUGCUUACAUUAGGUUUAAAGAUAUCGAAGGGGCACAGAAUGCAUUGCAAGCUAAUUGUACAAAAUUUGGUGAAUUCACAUUGCGGGUUGAUAAUGCACGCCACAAAGGGGGAUAUGAUGGGAAAAAGGCAGUUUUUGUUGGUAAUGUUCCAUUUAAUGUUGAAGAGAACUCCUUCAUCAAUUUAUUCUCAAAGUGUGGGGAAAUUGACGGUGUUAGAAUUAUCAGGGACAAAGCAACUGGAGUGGGUAAAGGUUUCGCCUAUGUCAAUUUCAAAUGUUCAUCAUCUGUCCCUCUUGCUUUAAAGCUUGAUGGUGAAGUUUUAGAAAAAAGACAGCUGAGAGUAAAACCAGUCAAAUAUGAAAAACGUUCUCACAAAUCACCAGGAAAUUUUUCACAAAUAAGAAAUAAUUCCAAGUUUAAAUCUGGCUUUAGGCAAGGUAAGACCCAAGGAUUUGGUGAAAUGAAGAACAAAGGUACUUCAAAAAAACCUCCUUUUAAAAAUAAUAAAUUCCAAGGUGAAUUUAGCAAACGAAAAGAAAAAAGUAAAUUUAAAAAGAAGUCUCUUGCUACUAAGAAACAUGAAAUUUAUUCUAAAAUACUUGCAAAUAAAAAGAAAUCAGCCUAAGUCCACAUAUUAUGUUGUAUAUAAAUUUUUAAUGUGAAAUAAAAUUAUAAUUGUUAAAUUGAA